AUGCACCAUACUCCCAAGAAAAAAGAAUCCGACCUGCCAGAUUUGAACCAGCGACCAUAUCUGGUUCCUGCUGAUUUGAUUGUUGGGCAAUUUGUGUAUGUGGUCCGUAAGAGGAUAAAACUCGGUGCUGAGAAGGCCAUCUUUAUAUUUGUGAAGAACAUUUUGCCACCUACUGCUGCUAUGAUGUCUGCAAUCUACGAGGAACACAAGGACGAGGAUGGUUUUCUCUACAUGACGUACAACGGAGAGAACACUUUUGGAUCAUUCUGA